AUGGCCACUGUCGCAAGUUCUGCCUCGGCCCCGGAAAUGGACCCGGUGGACCCCGCGCGGGUGUUACGCAAGGUGGACCGGCGUCUGCUCCCGCUGCUCUUCUUCACGUAUCUUCUCAACUUUAUGGACAAGACCAUUCUCUCCAGUGCGUCGGUGUUUGGCUUGAUCGAGGAUACGCAUCUGGUCGGCCAGCAAUACAGCUGGGUGUCCAGCAUCUUCUACUUUGGAUAUUUCUUCUGGGAAUGGCCCACCAAUUUGCUCAUUCCCCGCCUCCCCGUCGCCAAAUACCUCGCCAUCAAUACCCUCUUCUGGGGCGCGGUGGUCGCUCUUACGGCCGCCUGCACCAAUUAUGGUGGUCUGUUAGCAGUGCGGUUCCUACUCGGCGUGGCUGAAGCCACCAUCACGCCCGCCUUCAUGUUCAUCACGACAACGUGGUACACCCGUGACGAGAUCCCCUUCCGCACGGGAGUGUGGUUUUCGGGCAACUCCGUCGGUGGCCUGGUCGCCAGUCUCUUGGCCUAUGGGAUCGGACACAUCGAUCAUCCACUGAGUCCCUGGAAGUGGAUGUUCAUCAUCUUGGGCGUCACCACUUUUCUGUGGGGAUUUGUCCUCUGGGCUUUCCUCCCGGAUAGUAUCUCGAGCGCCAAAUUCCUCACCCUCGAGGAACGCGACUUCAUGGCCCACCGCGCCAUGGUCGCGGGAACAGGUCGGACGGAGAAAACCACCUGGAAAUGGUCGCAAUUCGUGGAAUGUCUCUGCGACCCCAAGACGUGGCACCUGUUCACCCUGGCCGUGCUGACCCAGAUUCCGAACGGGGGCACGCAGAAUUUCGGCAACCUGGUCAUCAAGUCGUUUGGCUUCACCUCCCUGCAAUCCACUCUGAUUGUGAUUCCCGCUAGUGUGAUCAGCGCCGGCACCAUUGCCCUGACGGGCUGGCUGGCCAGUAAAUCCCGGCAGAUGAAUUGCAUCCUGAUUGUGUGUAUCGUGGCGAUUUCCAUCACGGGGAGUGCCAUCAUCUAUGCGCGGGCGCACCAUGUCCCCCUGGGCGCCCAGCUGUUCGGUUACUUUUUGUUGUCGACCGGCCCGGGCGCACUCCCGCUCAUCAUGUCCCUGUUGCAGGCCAAUUACCGCGGUGUCACUAAGAAGAUGACCAUCACGACUCUGAUGUUUGUGGCGUAUUGUGCGGGUAACAUUGCCGGGCCCCAGUUCUUCAAGUCCAGUGAGGCUCCGUUGUAUGAGACGUCCUUCCGGGCCAUCCUGAUCUGCUACAUCAUUUCAGCCGCGCUGGCCGUGACCCUACGGUGCUAUUUGCAAUGGUUCAAUGCCAAGCGCGAUCGCGAGGAGGGCGUCCAGGGUCACGCCGGGCUGGCGGGGGCGGUUGGAGGCAAGAUCGUGGAGGAGCGCCCGGACGGCGCGGAGGUGUCGGUGCUGGUGCAGUCGGUGGAAUUGCAAGCCGAGGACUAUGAGGAUGCGACCGACUGGAAGACCGUGGGCUUUCGCUAUCGUCUAUAG